AUGCGCAGGCGACCUGGCAUCGCGGGGCUGCAGCGCGAUGUGAAGGCGCGGGAACAGUAUCGCGCGGCGGGUGAGGAGGUGCGGCGCGCGACCGCGGCGCAGAUGCAGGAGCAGAUGGCGCUGUUCCGGUCAAAGCUGGAGGAAUUUGCGUUCAAACACAAGGCCGAGAUCAGACAGGACCCGGUGUUCAGGGCGCAGUUCCACGCCAUGUGCGCUAACAUCGGCGUGGACCCCCUCGCCUCAAACAAGGGCAUGUGGGCCGAGCUCCUGGGGUUUGGUGAUUACUACUAUGAGCUCGGGGUUCAAAUACUGGAGGCCUGCUGGGCCAGCAGGCCCCUCAACGGCGGCCUCAUGGAGCUGGGGGCCCUGCGGUCCGCCGUGCUGCGGCGCCGCGGGGCGCUGGCCGACCCGGUCAGCGAUGACGACAUCACGCGUGCUAUCAAGAAGCUGCGGUGCCUGGGGGGCGGCCUCGACCUAGUGGCAAUUGGGCGCGCCUCCUAUGUGCGCAGCGUCCCUGGGGAGCUCAACUUGGACAAGAACAGGGCCCUGGAGAUUGCACAGGACAAAGGCUGCCUGUCCCUGCAGGACCUGUCGGCGCGCGCGGGCUGGGCGCGGCAGCGCGCGUUGGACAUCCUCGAGGCACUCCUGAAGGAGGGGCUGGCGAUGGUGGACGACGGCGCGCCCGGCGGCGAACGCCUGUAUUGGUUCCCAGCCCUCAGCGGCGGCAGCAGCGGCGGCGGCGGGGCUCAAGGGUUGGUGGCUGUGGCUGCGGCGGCUGCGGCGACCGGGUGGGUCGGCACCUUCGCGACCGCCGAAGAAGCAGCGCGCGCGUACGACGCUGCCGCCCUCGCGCUGCACGGCCCCGCCGCGCGCACCAACUUCCGCGAUCCUCCAGAGGCGCUGGCACAGUGCCCGCAGCAGGCGCCCAGCGGCGGCGCGCCGGCGCCCGCGGCGCUGCAGGCGAUGAGCAUGGGAGGCACGGACAUGCCAGUCGCAGGCGACGCCUCCUUUUCUAAGGCGCACGCUGCCGUGUUUGCCGUCGGCGCAAACGAGGAAGCAGCAGGGGCGGCGGCGCACAUCGGCGCACGGGCUGGAGCGGCGGCCGCGGCGAGGGAGCUGCAUGGGGUGCCCAUCAGCGUGCCGCCGGUGCGCACCACGAGCAUGGACAGGGCGCCCUUUGCUGCGCCCGCACCCUUGCGGAAGCUUCUCGCCGCAGCCGUCGACGCCGGCAGCCCCCAGGCUGGCGGCGACUCCCCUGCUCUAAGCAGCGCCGCCUGCUUCCACCUGCUCAACCGCGCGGGCGGCAGCGGCAGCUUGCUUUCAGGCGCCGCGGCGGCAGCGGCGGCCACGGCCGCGCUCGUGCGCAAGCGGCGCGCCGACGACGGGGUGUCCAGCGAUGGGGCACCGCAUGACGGCGGCUACGGAUGCCAUGACGGCGGCUUCCGCCACUACCCGCUGCUGGCCGGCGCGCAGCACCACUCGCACGCGUCUGGAUCUCCAAGCGCCUUCCACGCGGGCGGCUUCUCGCCGGCCCGCGGCCGCGGCGCCUCGGACUCCCCGCUCAGCGUGGAUGCGGAGGCGCACGCGGCGGCGCUGCGCGCAGCGAGCGGCGCGCGGCGCGGCUCUCGGCACGCGGCGGCGGCGCGCGGAGGGUCGGGUGUGCCCAGUGAUUGGGGGCCCCGGUCGUCGCUCGAGGGCGAGGAGAUGGACGUUGACGAGGGGGAGGACGAGGGUGGCGAGGGCGGCGGCGCGGAGGACAUUGGUGCUGAGGAGGAGGAGGAGGGGCUGGCGCAUGGCCCUGUGCUCCCAGGCGGCGCCAAGCACGCGGCGGGCGUGGGGGACGGCUGGGCGGCCCCUGCAGAGCAGGACGAGGCGGGCGCUGGCACUGGCGCAGCGGACGAGGACGCUCCCGCCGCCGCGGGCGCGGCGGAGGCGGCGCCGCCUGGCCUCAGCCCCAAGGACGUUGCGCAGGACCUGCUGCGGCGCGCGCUGCUGCUGCGUGAUAAUGUGGAGGAGGAGCACCGGGCAUCAGCGGAUGCAAAGGCACACGCGCAGGCCGUGCAGGCAGAGCAGGCGGCCGCGGCGGCGCAGGCGGCGCAGGAAGCGCAGGCGGCGCAGGUGGCGCAGGCGGCGCAGGCGGCGCAGGUGGCACAGGUGGCGCAGGCCGCGCCGGCUGCCCCACCUGCGCGGGCGCAGCCGGGCGGGGAGGCUCGGGUGUUUGAGGCGCUGCAGCGGCGCAACGCGGCGACGAUCGCAUCCCUCAAGCAGCUGGUCGCGGCGCUGGGGCCGCGCGCGGUGGAGGGGAUGCUGCCCUCCCUGACGAAGCUGCCGACAGUGCAGCUGCUGCUCCGCAGCAUCCAGCACGCAGCGCCACAGCUCGUCGCCGCCGUCGCGGCGGAGCAGCGCGCCGCGCAGCAGGCGCGGCUGGCGCAGCAGGCGCAGCAGGCGCAGCAGGCGCAGCAGGCGCAGCAGGCGGCGCGCGCGGCCGAGGCGCGGUGGGCGCUGCUGCAGCAGCUGCGGGCCGGGGUGCUCGCGCGGCGGCAGGAGCAGGCGGCCGCUGUGGCCGCAGAGGCUGCUGUGCGGGUGUCAGCGGCGCGCGCCGCCCAGGCACUUCGCCUGCAGCACGGCGCACACCAGGCCGGCCGCGCGCCGGCGCCGGCUGAGGGCGCCGACGCGGGCGAGCGCGCGGUUGUGGAGCUGCUGUCGCAAGUUGAAGCGGCGCGGGUGGCCGCCGCCGCCGCCGCCGCGUCCCCGAUCCUGGCUGCGGCAGCUUCCCCGCAGGCCGGCUCCCCGGCGCUACCGCUGUGGAGGGCAGCGAGCGGCGCCAGCCGUGGAGCUUUGGCGCCCGCCGCCACGACAAGGGCAGAGACCGAGGCGGCUGCUGCAGGCGGUGCAGAGCCGGCGCCGGCGCCGGCGCCCAUGCCUGGGCCCUCGCAGCUGCUACAGCUGCUGCUGGCGCAGCACAGGCUUCAGCAGAACCGCCACGUGCUGAUGGCAGCCCUCCAGCACCAAGCCGCGUGCGCCCCCCCGCUCCCAAGCCCACGCGCGCCGCUCUCACACGCUGAGGCGCCGCCCGCCAAGCGCCAGAGGACGAAUGGGCCCGGGGCGGCCGCCUUUGGGGGCGCGGAGGGCUUUGAGGCGGGCUGGGGCGGGGCCGUGGCGGAGGCUGCCGCGGCGCCGCCGGCGGGGGCGGCCAGCGGACACCUGGAUGCCCUCGCGGCUGCCGCCGAGAU